UGUGAAUGAAGUCAGAUCGCGCGUGUGAUAUGGCGGAAAGGUUAUUAUUGCACCGAUGUCGUUUAUACGAAAACAAAUCACGUUUUUUCUUUUUAUGCAAUACAUGUAUUGAGUUUACUUAUGUUAAAUGUGUACUUCCGGAACAAAAGUUUUCUUUAUGUGUGGAUGAGAAAACGUUAAAUCACUGAUGUAUUAACAUGGAUUUUAUUGUAAAAGCAAUACUUCUUGCAAUGGUACCGCCAGUGUCUAGUUUGAAAGUUCGUCUAGUGGGAGGAAGUUCAGAAUUAGAGGGUCGGGUCGAAGUAUACUAUAAUUACAAAUGGGGUACUGUGUGUGAUGAUGACUUUGAUAAUGCCGAUGCUCAAGUUAUUUGCUACAUGCUCGGACAUCUGAGGGAAGGAUCAACUGCAUACGGAAGUGCCAAAUACGGCAGUGGUCGUGGUGAAAUAUGGUUAGAUGACCUGUCUUGCUCGGGGUCUGAGACAUCUUUAAGCUAUUGUGGGAGGAAUUCUGGACGUUGGGGUUCUCAUAACUGUAACCAUAAUGAAGAUGCUGGUGUUCGGUGCAGACCAGGAAUAAAAGUUCGCUUGAAGGGAGGAAGCAAUGCGCUCGAAGGUCGUUUAGAGGUGUUUUACUCUGGCUCAUGGGGAACAGUGUGUGAUGACAGCUUUGGUGGCUCGGAUGCUAAAGUAUUUUGCCACAUGCUUGGAUUUGACAGGCUCGGUGCCGUUGCAAAGGGUAGUGCUUACUUUGGUUCUGGGAGAGGCAAAAUUUGGCUAGAUGACCUAAGUUGCUCAGGAUCAGAAAAUUCGAUUGAAGAUUGUGGCAGAAAUUCAUGGGGAAGCCAUAACUGUGGACAUGGUGAAGAUGCUGGGGUAAUAUGCAUCGACAUUGACGAAUGCACGGAUGGUACACCAGGCUGUUCACAACUCUGUAGUAACACAAUAGGUUCUUUUAACUGCGGCUGUAAUCCCGGAUUCAAUCUAGCUAUUGAUGGAAAAACAUGCAAUGACAUAGACGAAUGUAGAGAUGAUACAGCUGAGUGUACCCAGAAUUGCACGAACACAGAUGGUUCUUACGAUUGCAGCUGUACUUACGGCUAUAUACUAUCUUCUGACAGCAAAACGUGCGAUGACAUUGACGAAUGUAGUGAUAAUACAGCUGGGUGUACCCAGAAUUGCUCGAAUACAGAUGGUUCUUACCACUGCAGCUGUACUAACGGUUAUAUACUAUCUUCUGACAGCAAAACGUGCGAUGACAUAGACGAAUGUAAUGAUAACAUAGCUAGUUGUACCCAGAAUUGCUCGAACACAGAUGGUUCUUUCAAAUGCAGCUGUACUAACGGUUAUAUACUAUCUUCUGACAGCAAAACGUGUAAUGAUAUAGACGAAUGUAGUGAUAACAGAGCUGGGUGUUCGCAGCAGUGCUCGAACACAGACGGUUCUUACAAAUGUAGCUGCAAUAACGGUUAUGCACUUUCUUCUGAUGCGAAAACGUGCAACGACAUUGACGAAUGUAUUGAAGAGGCAGUUGUAUGUACACAACAGUGCUCGAACACAGAUGGCUCUUACAAAUGCAGCUGUAAUAGCGGUUACAUACUUUCUUCUGAUAACAAAACUUGCAACGACAUAAACGAAUGUACCGAUGGUACGUCCGGAUGUGAACAGCAGUGCUUGAACGAAGCUGGGUCUUACGUUUGUAGAUGUAACGACGGUUACAGUCUUACUUCUGAUAGCAGAUCUUGCGAUGACAUAAACGAAUGUACCGAUGGUACGUCCGGAUGUGAACAGCAGUGCUUGAACGAAGCUGGGUCUUACGUUUGUAGAUGUAACGACGGUUACAGUCUUACUUCUGAUAGCAGAUCUUGCGAUGACAUAGACGAAUGUAGUGAUAAUACAGCUAGUUGUACCCAGAAUUGCUCGAACACAGACGGCUCUUACGACUGCAGCUGCACGAACGGCUAUAUGCUGUCUUCUGAUAGCAAAACGUGCGAUGACAUAGACGAAUGUAAUGAUAACAUAGCUAGUUGUACCCAGAAUUGCUCGAACACAGAUGGUUCUUUCAAAUGCAGCUGUACUAACGGUUAUAGACUGUCUUCUGACGGCAAAACCUGUAAUGAUAUAGACGAAUGUAGUAGUAACUCAGCUGGAUGUUCGCAGCAGUGCUCGAACACAGACGGUUCUUACAAAUGUAGCUGCAAUAACGGUUAUGCACUUUCUUCUGAUGCGAAAACGUGCAACGAUAUAGACGAAUGUAGUAGUAACUCAGCUGGAUGUUCGCAGCAGUGCUCGAACACAGACGGUUCUUACAAAUGUAGCUGCAAUAACGGUUAUGCACUUUCGUCUGAUGCGAAAACGUGCAACGACAUUGACGAAUGUAUUGAAGAUGCAGCUGUAUGUACACAAAAGUGCUCGAACACAGAUGGCUCUUACGAAUGCAGCUGUAAUAGCGGUUACAUACUUUCCUCUGAUAACAAAACAUGCAACGACAUUGACGAAUGUAUUGAAGAUGCAGCUGUAUGUACACAACAGUGCUCGAACACAGAUGGCUCUUACGAAUGCAGCUGUAAUAGCGGUUACAUACUUUCUCCUGAUAACAAAACUUGCAACGACAAAGACGAAUGCAGUGAUAAUACAGCUGGGUGUACCCAGAAUUGCACGAACACAGAUGGAUCGUACAGAUGCAGCUGUACUUACGGUUAUAUACUAUCUUCUGACAACACAACGUGUAAUGACAUAGACGAAUGUAGUGAUAAGACAGCUAGUUGUACCCAGAAUUGUUCGAACACAGAUGGUUCUUACGACUGCAGCUGCACUAGCGGUUAUAUACUAUCUUCUGACAGCAAAACUUGUGAUGACGUAAACGAAUGUAGUGCUAACAUAGCUAGUUGUACCCAGAAUUGCUCCAACACAGAUGGUUCUUACAAAUGCAGCUGCACUAACGGUUAUAUACUGUCUUCUGACAGCAAAACGUGUUUUGACAUUGACGAAUGUUACGAUGGUUCAUUCGCAUGUACACAGCAAUGCAUAAACACAGAGGGUUCAUAUCAAUGCGAGUGUGAUAGUGGUUACAUGCUUUCUAGUGAUGACAAGAGUUGUAACGAUAUAGACGAAUGUACAGAGAGUAUAUCCGGAUGUACUCAGCAUUGUGUAAAUACAGAUGGUUCUUACGUAUGCAGCUGCAAUGAUGGUUAUGUACUUUCUCCAGAUAGCAAAACGUGCAGUGACAUUGACGAAUGUUCAGAUGGUUCAUCGGGCUGUGCACAUGAAUGUAUAAACACAGAUGGAUCGUAUAUUUGCAACUGUAAGGAUGGGUACAUUCUUUCUACUGAUAAGAAGACAUGCAGUGACGUCGACGAAUGCCACAGAGGUAUAUCAAGGUGUGCACAUCAAUGCUCAAACACUGAUGGAUCUUAUAAAUGCAGUUGUUUUGACGGUUACAUACUCUCUACUGAUAACAGGACAUGCCUUGAUAUUGAUGAAUGUAACGAUGGAACAUCAGGAUGUGCACAUAAAUGUUUGAACACAGAUGGUUCGUAUGUAUGUAGUUGUAAUGCUGGAUAUAUUCUAUCGUCCGACGAUAUGACUUGUAAUGACAUUGACGAAUGUAGCAAUGGUAUGUCAGGCUGUACACAACAGUGCUCAAACGAAGAGGGUUCAUAUAUAUGCAGUUGUAUUUACGGUUAUACACUCUCUUCUGAUAACAGAACGUGCAAUGACAUAAAUGAGUGUAGUACUGACAAUGGUGAUUGUGAACAUACGUGUAUAAACACAAUCGGCUCUUUCAACUGCAGUUGCAAAGUUGGAUUCAGCCUGGAUAUCGAUAAACAUUCAUGUCAAGAUAUAAACGAAUGCCUUACUAAUGUGGACGGGUGUCAACACCAAUGUACUAACAGUGAAGGUUCAUACAGUUGCCUGUGUGAUAUGGGAUAUAGUCUUGUCAAUGAUAGUCAUUCAUGCAGAGAUCUUGAUGAAUGCAGUUUAAAUGAAGGAGGAUGUCAACAUACAUGUUCAAAUAAUGAAGGUUCAUAUAAAUGUUCCUGCAAUAUAGGAUAUAUCCUUAGCAAUGACCGUCAUUCUUGUGAAGACGUUGAUGAAUGUGUUGACAAGAACGCCGGUUGUGACCAUAUGUGCAAUAACACAAUUGGUUCUUAUACCUGUAGCUGUGGACGUGGAUAUAGUUUGAGCAAUAAUAGCCUUUCUUGUGAAGAUAUCAACGAAUGUUUAAGUGACAAUGGAGGAUGUCAGCACAAAUGUUUAAAUGAUGUUGGUAUUUAUAAUUGUAUCUGUGAUGUUGGUUAUAGUCUGAGAGACGACAGUCAUUUAUGCCAGGAUAUUGAUGAAUGCAUGGACAAAAAUGGAGGGUGUGAACAAACUUGUUCCAAUGAAGAUGGAUCUUUUGCAUGUAUUUGUGGCAUAGGAUUUAUCCUGAAUAACAAUAACCAUACAUGUCAAGAUGUUGAUGAAUGUUUGUCAGACAAUGGUGGAUGUCAACAGAUCUGUUCCAACUACGAAGGCUCUUAUAAUUGUACAUGUUAUACUGGUUUUGAAUUUGAAACCGAUAAUUAUACAUGCGCAGACAUUAACGAAUGCUUCAUUGAAAAUGGUGGCUGUCAACAUGAAUGUAUCAACUACCAGGGAUCAUACUCGUGUAACUGUAAAACUGGAUAUAUGUUAAGCCAUAACAGACACUCGUGCGAAGAUGUAAACGAAUGUCUCACUGAUCAUGGCGGAUGUCAACAAAACUGUACAAACCAUGUUGGUACAUACAGUUGCAGCUGUGAACUCGAAUAUACCUUGGCGGAGGACAACCAUACAUGUGAAGAGGGAGUUGACAGUAUUACGCGGAAUAUAACUGCUAAAGAGAACGCUAUACAGAAUAUAACUGUUAGCUCUGCAGGCAAACAUGAACCGAGCCAAGGAAGCAAAAGAAAUAAUUUGCAGAUUAUAGCUGGUACAGUAGGUGGUAUUGUGUGUCUCUUUGUCCUGAUUUUAGGUCUCGUGAUUCUGUUCAAGAAGUGCAAAAGACGAAGAAAGAGAGAUGAUGAUAUGACAUCAAAUAGUGUUGUACGUCUCAACUUGAUGCAUCCGAAAUCAAACAACCAGGAAUGCUUUACUAAACUAUAACAGCGGAAAGACUUACAGACACAUGCUUCCGGAAUCAAACAACCAGCAAUAUCUAACUAAACUAUAACACUGGAAAGACUUAAAAAGACAUGCUUCCGGAAUCAAACAACCAGCAAUAUUUAACUAAACUAUAACACAGGAAAGUCUAGAGAGACGUGCUUCCGGAAUCAAACAAUCGGCAAUGUAUACUAAAUAUUUACACGUGAAAGACGUCUUGGAGCGUGAAAAGCUAACACAGGAAGGCAACAUCAAUAGUCAUAGAUAAAACUGUCUAGAAUACAUUGGAUCACAUACAAGGGAGGGAGAAAAAAAUACUUUGCAACUUUUAAAUUCUGUUCGAAUUGCAUUUUAUUGGCAAACACUAUUUUAUCUUAUGCGUUUUUGUAUUUUUUAUUUUUGUCCUUAUAAAUUAUGUAGCAUUUACUUUUUAAAUUCGUUUUCCAUCAUAUUCUUAGAGUAUGCUUCAUGUUUAAAUGUCAAUUUUAACGAAAUUUUAUAACAGAAAAGAAACAUUGUUUAUUCAAAGUAUCAACCUUCUUUGUUAUAUACCAUAAAACCACGUCUGGGUUUAGAUUUUAAUAAGUGAAAAUGGAAUAUCUACUUUACCGUAGCAUAGGUCAAACAAAAUAUGUAUAUCAUUCUUAUAGUUUGGCUUAUGUAUCUUCUCUUAUGUUUGUCUUGUUCUUAGUGAUAGACGUAUUUUGACAUAUAAUUGAAACAAAAGUUAGGCUACACUUAACAUAACUUUUAACGCCCCAUCGAUAUUGUGAUGUUUGUCUUCACGGUUACGUAUUUCAUUCAUUUAGCCACAUUUGAAUGCAUGAUUUUCGUAUUGUUCUUGGAUCGUUUUGUUUUCUCUCGUUUUUAGAACGUUUGUACAGUUUUCAUAAUAAAGAUAUAGAUAAAGCCUUA